AUGUCAGCAGAAGGUUUAUACAAUAGAGCUCUCGAAGAAUUAGACGGAGCACAGGAAGCUAACAACAACAACACCGAAACUUCUCCACCACCAUCUCCGCAACAAGGCCAGGGGGGGCAAUAA